AUGAUGGACAUGUCGGAAUUCGGGGAGGCUGCGCCCUUCCUUCGGAAGAGUGAGAAGGAGCUGAUGAAGGCACAGACCGUCGCUUUCGAUGGGAAGAAGAAAUGUUGGGUUCCUGAUGAGAAGAAAGCGUAUGUUGAAGCUGAAAUAACAGAAAGCAGCGAUGGCAAAGUGACUGUGCAGACAACAGAUGGAAGGACCAUGACUAUAAAAGAAGAUGACGUGCAGUCAAUGAACCCUCCCAAAUUUGACAUGAUUGAGGAUAUGGCUAUGCUGACCCAUCUGAACGAGGCAUCUGUGUUGUACAACCUGAGAAAGCGCUACAGCAACUGGAUGAUCUAUACCUAUUCUGGUUUAUUCUGUGUGACUAUAAACCCCUACAAGUGGUUGCCUGUCUACAAGUCGGAGGUUGUUGCUGCAUACAAAGGCAAGAGACGCUCAGAGGCUCCCCCCCACAUCUUCUCCAUUGCUGAUAACGCCUACCAUGACAUGCUGCGUAAUCGAGAGAAUCAGUCUAUGCUGAUCACUGGAGAAUCUGGUGCUGGCAAGACUGUCAACACGAAACGUGUCAUCCAGUACUUUGCCACAGUGGCAGCCCUGGGUGAACCUGGUAAAAAGAAUCAACCAGCCACCAAAACUGGGGGAACCUUGGAGGAUCAAAUCAUUCAAGCAAACCCAGCCCUAGAAGCUUUUGGAAAUGCCAAAACUCUGAGAAAUGACAACUCCUCACGUUUUGGUAAAUUUAUCCGAAUCCAUUUUGGAACCACAGGCAAGCUGUCAUCUGCUGAUAUUGAGAUUUAUUUAUUGGAGAAAUCCCGAGUGAUUUUCCAGCAGCCGGGUGAAAGAGACUAUCACAUCUUCUACCAAAUCCUGUCUGGAAAGAAACCAGAGUUACUGG